CGAAGAAGUCUUCAAGCUCCCUUUAUCUAUCAAACACGCGAGCUAAUCAGAUAAUAUUUUUAAUAUUUUCAAAAGGGCAAAGGAAAGUCCCCCGUUAGGGUUUGUUCCUGUGAUCGCGGCUCAGCUUCCUCCUAGCCAUGGCUAUGCAAGCGGGUUUCGGCGUCUCCCGAAUACUGAUUUUAGUCGGCGCAGGUUAUACGGGGACUGUGUUGUUGAAGAACGGUAAAUUAUCUGAUGUGUUAACCGAACUUCAGCAUUUGAUAAAAAGGUAUGAGAAAGAUGGGGAAACAGAAGGUGAUUCUGAUGCUAUGGCUGUACAGAUCCGUCGAUUGGCAAUGGAGGUUCGACAGUUGGCAUCUGCUCGCCCAAUUACCGUCCUUAAUGGUGGUUCUGGACAGAAUGCCUUAGCAGCUCUGGUGCCUGCUGCUGCUUUGGGUGCCUUGGGUUAUGGGUACAUGUGGUGGAAGGGCAUUUCAUUCUCAGACCUCAUGUAUGUGACAAAGCGUAAUAUGGCAGCCGCCGUGGAGAACUUGACAAAGCAUCUGGAGCAUGUGUCUGAUGCUCUCGCUGCAGCAAAGAAGCACUUGACUCAGAGAAUUGAGAACUUGGAUGGUAAACUGGAUGAGCAAGUGGAGAUGUCAAAAUUAAUUAGAAGCGAGGUUACAGAUGUUCGUGGUGAUCUUUCGCAAAUUAACUAUGAUUUGGAUGAAUUGCAGAGGAUGGUUGCUGGUUUGGAUGGCAAACUUCUUUCCAUGGAAGCCAAGCAGGAACUUGCAAAUACUGGAGUUUUGUAUUUGUGCAGCGUUGUUAAUGGGAAAAGGGUAAAAAUGCCAGACAGGCUCCAGGAUCAACUCAAAGUUGUUGGCAACUCAGUUCCCAGUCUCAUGGGUCUUAAAGAUGUUGUAGAUACAGUGGAAUCUGCAAACAACAAUAGGUUGAUUAUUGAU